AUGGGAAAGACAGAGCUAAACUCUCUCUAUAAAGCCUUUCUGGACUGUAUUUGCCUCUGCCUCCCCCGAAGCAGCCAUGAGGCUGCAGUGGAUAACGAGAGAGACACUGAGAGCGGUCACCUGAUCUACAGAAGUGGGGACGUCCUGGAGAACAGAUAUGAGAUUAUUGACACUCUUGGUGAGGGAACUUUCGGGAAGGUGGUACAAUGUUUGGACCACGGCAGAGGAGGAAGUCAAGUCGCUCUGAAGAUCAUAAAAAACUUGGAGAAAUACAAAGAAGCAGCCAAAUUGGAAAUCAAUGUGCUGGAGAAGAUAAUCGAGAAAGAUCCAACCAAUAAAUUUCACUGCGUGCAGAUGCUUGACUGGUUUGACUACUACGGUCAUGUGUGCAUCUCUUUUGAACUACUGUCUCUCAGCACCUUUGACUUCCAGAAAGUGAACAACUUCCUGCCUUACCCCAUUAACCAGAUCCGACACAUGGCGCACCAGAUCUGCCACGCUGUCAGCUUUCUCCAUGACAACAAGCUGACUCACACCGACCUGAAGCCUGAAAACAUCCUCUUUGUCAACUCAGAUUUCUCUCUCAUAUACAAUCCUGAGAAGAAGUGCAAUGAGAGGAGAGUAAAUAACACCACAGUGCGGCUUGUUGACUUUGGCAGUGCCACCUUUGACCAUGAACACCACUCUACCGUCAUCUCAACACGACACUACAGAGCACCAGAAGUCAUACUGGAGUUGGGUUGGAGUCAUCCCUGUGACGUGUGGAGUAUCGGUUGCAUCCUGUUUGAAUACUAUGAAGGUUUCACACUCUACCAGACUCAUGACAACAAGGAGCACCUCGCAAUGAUGGAGAGUAUACUGGGACCAAUUCCUCAGAGAAUGAUACAAAGGAGCAGAAAGCAGAAGUAUUUCCAGCGGGGACGUCUCAACUGGAAUGAGUGCUCUAAGGCUGGACGCUACGUGAAAGCCAAAUGCAAACCACUAAGGAAGUAUUUGUUAUCACACGGGACCGAGCACCACCAUUUUUUUAAUCUCUUGGAGAAGAUGCUGGAGUAUGAGGCUUCAAAACGCAUCACACUUCCUUCUGCGCUGUGUCAUCCCUUCUUCGUCUAUCAAGGAAGAACACAAGUCUGGAGGAACAGCUUUGAGAUGAGCAGAUGA